UUUCACCUUCCAAUUAUCAUGACAUCUCUCGACAGUCCAAAUAGCCAAUCCUGAACCGGGUUUUCCCACCAAAACAACAAACUAAGCUGUCAGCAACCCCAUCAACCAGCAAAAUCAGCAAUGGCACCCAAAGGCCCCUUUCGCCUCGUGACGGUCAACACAGCCCCCGAGCGCGCCAAGCAGCUCAUCGGCCGCAUGGUCGAGGCCCUCAAGGACCAGUACACGAUCGAUUAUGUGGCCAAUUGCGAAACUAUCACCGAAGUUGAGGAAAAAGUAAAGGCGGCCAAGCCAGAUGUUUUGUUUGCUGCAUCCAUGUGGUCGGCCGACGAGGCGGCACAGAUUGAAAAGAUCGGGAGGUCGAUAAUGCCCGACGUCAAGUUUCACGCCAUCCCGCACGGUCUGCAGGUUGAAAGGGGACCCGACGCCAUCGUCGAGCACUUGCUGGAGACGGUGCCCAAGCUCCUGGAUCAGUAGGUAGCAGGCGGCCAGGAUCUGGGGGCUUGCCUAAGUCUUGCAGCGAGUCAAGUGCUGGGGAGGGGGUUGGUUUUGAUCGGCAGGAUACAGACAGGACAGCACUGUAUCAGAAGAAAUAUAGCUUUGAUUUUUUUUUUUUUUUACCCCGCAGCUGCCCUAAAAUGCGAACGUCAUUAGCG